UGUCUCCUCAGCCUGGCAGUACUGCACGUGCUCCCUCACAGCAUCGCGGUGUGUGUGUGUGUUUGGUAGCACAGAAGCGUUAUCCGUCCGAGCGAGGUAGUGUGUAACCACUCUGUCGAUGCAGAAUGGGGGGUUAGCUGUAGUGGUGGUGUAGCCGUGGCAUAGCUGAGCGUCUGGUCUCGCUCUCCGCUCGGGGUCUGGGCCGGCCUGGGUCGUCACGAUCACCAGGACACCAGUCAUGUCCUCUCCAGGGAGCAGCUCCAGGAACUCCUCCGAGCUGGACUCUGAGCACGCCCAGAAGGUGCUGGACAUGGAGCACGCCCAGCAGGGGAAGCUGAAGGAGAGGCAGAAGUACUUUGAAGAAGCUUUCCAACAGGACAUGGAUCAGUACCUCUCUACUGGCUACCUGCAGAUCACCGACAGAAGAGGGCCAAUAGGUAGCAUGUCUUCCAUGGAGGUGAACGUUGACGUUCUGGAACAGAUGGACCUGAUGGACGUGUCGGACCACGAGGCCCUCGACGUCUUUCUCAACUCUGGAGGAGAAGACGACAGCCUGACCUCCUCACUCACCUCAGGUCCAGACCCUGAGUCGUUGUCCUCUGAGAUCUCCCUGCGGGUGCCCACCCAGGCGGAACUGAGGAACAAGCCGUCUUCCUUCUCCUCCACGGAGCCAGGCUCAGCCAGCCAGGACACCAGCCAGGACACCAGCCUCGGGGAGGGCCAGGAGGGGGAGGGCAGCGAGGCCAGCGGAGACGGAGACCAGCCCCUGGUGCUGCCAGACGAGGAGGAAGUGCAGGCCGACACAGCCCUGGUGUCGUUGCCCGAGGCAGAGACGUUCAAGAACUCUGACGACAGCGACUCGCAGGCCUCUUAGGAGCCGUCACAGAGCUGCCCCCUGGGUGAGACCGGCUCUAGGGGGUAUAGGGUAGCUCCUAGACGUUGAUCUGGGGGUCCGUUUUGCAUUUUUCCCCAAAAAAACUUUUUUUCUUUUCUGUUUUUUUUUAUAAAUGAAAUGUAGCUUCCUUCCUUGUAUCCAAUUAUAUCUAAGUAAAUAAUAAUAAAGUUGUUUAAAAUGUUCAA